CUGUGAAUCGCUCACUACCCUGGGUUUGGCAGCAGAGAUCGAGCUUAUGCUGCAUGGCUUGUAUCCGCGAUUUUUUAAUUGCCAAUCUAUCUGUCAUCCGCCCAGUAGCACUCCAGCCUCCAGGGAGAGCUACAGUACAGUACAUAAGUACAGGAAGUACAUGUAGAGAACCAUGAACACGGGAUUUCAUAACCUCUUCAGGAAACGAUACGCCUGUCCAAUGGAAGCUUCCGUGGCUGCAGGUCACCACUCCAAGACGCAUUGCAUCCGUAUCUAUAAGAAAGGAAAGCAGGUCGACAGCGAAAGCUUUGAUGGAUUAGCUGGUGCCAUUCCUGAUACUGACCUCAAAAUCAACUCGAAAAUGCCCGAACUCCAUCGUACUUUGCCUGCAUCCUGGUAUCGUAGUCAAGGGCUCUAUCAACUUGAACGGAGAGCCGUGUUUCUGAAGUCAUGGUAUCUUUUAGGUCCCGUUACUCGAUUCCGUGAGGUGGGCGCAAAAGUUGAAUACGAGAUCGCUCAGCGCCCGCUGGUUGCUUUUCGAUGCUCGGGGGAUGGCCCUUAUCCUGAUGCAGAGGAGAUCCAAGUGCAAUGCGCGGAGACUGUAAACUUCGAUUUCCAACUCGGAACCGUACCGCGAUUUUGAAACAUAGCGCUGAUAAGGCCACAGAAACGACCGCUCAGACAUCAUGUCACUCCCACAGGUCUGGUCUUCGCAGCCUUGGGGGACGAGGCCCCGAAUUUUCACGAGUACUUCCCCGACCUGGAACUGUUGCUCCAGAAA